GUGAAACACGCGGAAAAGCACAAACCACGCUGUAGCGUUAGCUUUUCCUUUGCUGGAUUUAGUGUCCUGGGUAAAUACGGGAGUAUUUGCUGUAAAAAAUGUCUUCAAUUCAGCCUCGUAUGAACGAGCAGGUAACUCCUGCUGGAGAAACAUUCACAGAGUUUAAACUAAUCAAAUUCAAACUCGAGGAAGAGAUGGAGGAUCAGACAGAAAUCAACUUUAAGAUGGAGGAAGAGAUGGAGGAUCGGCGCAGACUGCUGGAAUUUACUCGGAUACCGAAGAUCAUCUUACACCGGAUAGAUCUCCCACAAUGUUGUGUGUGUAAAGAGGAGGAAGUUCUCAAUGAAACAGAACCACAGAGGAACCAACUCAUCUCUCAUGGCUCUGCAGAAACUGAGAACCGGGAUCAGGAAGGAAGCAAUUCUGAAGACCCAGGAAAAGAGAGAAAGGAAGAACAAAAACAAAAGGAGAAAUAUGAGAAAACCAAAGAGCAGAAAGGCAGAACUGACACUUCAAAACAAAAGGCUGGUUUAAUUUAUCAUGUAAGAACUUACUCAGAUGAGAAGCCUUUCUGUUGUGUAACCUGUGGAAAAAGUUUUUCUCGAAAACAUAUUUUAAAUGUUCACAUGAGGACUCACUCAGGUGAGAAGCCUUUCUCUUGUGUGGCCUGUGGAAAAUGUUUUUCUCGAAAAGAUACUUUAAAUGUUCACAUGAGAUUUCACACAGGUGAGAAGCCUUUUUCAUGUGGGACAUGUGGAAAUAGUUUCACCCUAAAACACACUUUAAAUGAUCAUAUGAAAAUUCACAUAGACCAGAAGUCUUUCUCAUGUGGAAUUUGUGGAAAAAGUUUUCGGUUGAAAAUGUAUUUAGUUAAUCAUAUGAAGAUUCACACAGGUGAGAAGCCUUUCUCAUGUGUGUCCUGUGGAAAAAGUUUCCUGUUGAAAAUGCAUUUACUUAAUCAUAUGACGAUUCAUGUGGGUGAGAAGCCUUUCUCUUGUGGAACCUGUGGAAAGAGUUUCAUUAAUAAAGGCCAUUUAAAUGUUCACAUGAGAAUUCACACAGGUGAGAAGCCUUUUUCAUGUGGGACAUGUGGAAAAAGUUUCACCCUAAAGCAAACUUUAGAUCAUCAUAUGAAAAUUCACACAGACCAGAAGUCUUUCUCAUGUGGAACUUGUGGAAAAAGUUUUCGGUUGAAAAUGUAUUUACUUAAUCAUAUGAGGAUUCAUACCGGUGAGAAGCCUUUCUCUUGUGGGACCUGUGGAAAGAGUUUCGGGAGGAAAAUGCAUUUACUUAAUCACGUGAGGAUUCAUACAGGUGAGAAGCCUUUCUCAUGUGGGACCUGUGGAAAAAGUUACAGUCAUAGAAGUAGUUUAACUCAUCAUAUGAAGACUCACUCAGAUAAGAAGUCUUAGGCUCAAAAUACCUUGGAUGCUUUUUGGUAUCGGAUCUAAUGGAAAAUCUGGUCAGAUGAUGUACACAUCAAAUAGAUCAUGUUAAAGUCAACAGGGCUGACCAGGCUGCUAGUGAUUCCCUGUAACUAUGUCUUCAACUGUCUGACCAAGAUAGACCUGAGGCCUAUUUUUGUCUAUAAGCUCUUUUGUCUUAAUCCUGUUUUUUGUUUUACUUCUCAGUCACAUUGUACUUAGCCUUGUCACUAUAAAUCGAUUAAUCACUCAAUAAAUGCAAAUGAACUCAAUAAUAAAAUGAGUUAAAUAAAA